UGUUAAAAAUCACAUAAGGUGACACUUUUCAAAGCUGGCCUUUUGGAGUCCACAGCCAAUGAUUCAACUCAGCUGAUCGACAUGACCUCCGAUAAUGUCUGGUUCAAAUAUUUGUUUUUUCGUACCAAGGCGAUGGCGCGUUGCCGUUUUUGCCGUUGUGCUGUUGAUGUUUGCCUAUCUUCUCCUUGAACCGAUGAUCAAAUCAAAUUUGCCGAUUGAUGUCGGAUGUGAAUACGAAAUAAAAGACGUGAUUGUAACGCCAGAAUCACUCGGAGUAGGCCAUUGCCCUAUCUGUUUUGGUCGCAAUGAAUCUAUUUGUGAAGGUGUUAUACACAAUACUGUACGGUUACGCCGUAAAAAGAGGGCUUCAUUGGGAGAUAAGUGGAAACCAAAAGCUCUUGGUAUAUUGAAUAAAGACAGAAUUUCGAUCAAGCAUUUAGGAAAUAUCAGCGAGUUCCACAAGCUUGAUAAUGAAUUGUGUAGUAUGGUGGGAACGGUAAAUGCGCCAUGCGAGAAUGAUGUAGUUCGGAAACCGUUCCUUAAUCUUUCAUCAAUAGAGAGGUAAGUGAUGUUUUAUCAAAUUUUGAAAACUUCACUUUUGAUUGGGAUUUGUUACUAAAUAUUGAUCGAAGUAUCAAAACAAGUGCUAUUGCUACUAUACUAGGUAUUGUACGUCACGCAAUGCAAAACAAAAAUAUUUUUCAAAACAAAUUAUGGAGCUAAUCCAGGCAAAAAAAAAAUGAUGGUCUUAGCAGGAUUAGUGCCUUUUUUAGUGUAAACAAAUAUUGAGUAAUGUCGGAGGUUAAGUGUGACACCUAUUAUACUCUUAAGGAGAGAGUUAAGAGGCUCUCCCCCAAUUACUGAUCAGGAUUACCCAAAGAACCUUCCUUAAUACCGAUCAUUUGGUUGCGCUAAGUAGUUUUAUUGUUUUAAUUAUGGAAGGGCACAGCCUUAAUACACGUUAUAUUUCCUUCCAGUGAUAAUAGAGAUUACAAAGAAUCAAACAAAAUGGCUAGAAAAUCCCAGUUGUGUGUCUCUCUGUGAGUCACUUUAUUUGACAGAAUAGUAUUACAUAUUAUCACUAUAAUUACAUCGCUGGUAGUACCCAUGGGCAAUAUGAAGCAAAUCCUGUGAUCUGUUGAGCUACCUGAGUGGACAAGAUGGGCCCAUCUUGUCUGCUCUUGAUUGCUUGCUUUGGUCCCGUGCUAGAUAGAAUAUUCCUUGGAGAAAACUUACAAAAAGGUUCGUAAUUUUGGGGCAGUGUCGCUGAUAGAGUUGCAAAAAGUGGUUGAAGACAGUCAAAAUAAAGAAAAGGAAAAAGACUCCCAUGGGUUUAUUGAGCUACAAAACAGUUGGCUGUCUUUCCCUUCUCUCGAAAUAAGCAAGUCAUUCUUGAUGCUUAAUGAACUUAAAAAUUAAAUGCAAAAUCUUUUUGCUCUGAAAUAAAUCCUUUAUUGACAAAGCUUUUUUUUGGUAAAGAUGGCUUGAUAUUAGCGUCAUUGUUUUAUGAACCUUGACUUAGUCUCAGUCCAUAAAAAAAACUCAGCAAAUUUCAAGCUAUCUUGACCUCACACUUGAUCAAUAACACAUAAUUAUAUAGUAUGUUCUGAGUGUACUCUCCAAGUACAACUUUAUAACUUAGUUUUUUCAACCCUCAAAAUUGAUGAUAUUUUCAGUUUCAAUGGUGUUAUCUUUCUUAAAUUAACUUAAAUUGAUAAUGAAGAGAAUUUGGUCAAAUGAAGGGGUCCUUGGAAUGAAGUGCUAAGUGACUUCUGAUGCAAAAUUUACCUCUCCCUAUGUUCACAAGAUAAUACCUUACAAUUUUAAAGCCAUUAGGAUAAUUUUGGAGUAUAUCAUGGGCUGUGGGCUUUCUUCUGCACGCUAGACUGCAAGUGUUUUCUUUUUCUCUUGAGGAAGGGUAAGAACUAUUCUCUAGAUGUUGAGCAAAAACUUUGGUUAGAAAAGAUAGGGAUGAGAUGCAGCGUAGACUAUGCUCAAUUAAUUCUGGCUCAUGCAUCUUAUUUCCUUACACCUCUAGGAACAUGUUACGCCUCUAGGAACAUGAAAACUCGAUACUUCUCUUUGUCUCUCAGUGUACCCCUUCAGAUAAAAAUCCUGAUGCUGACAAUUUUUUUUUCUCAUCAUCUGUUAGUUUGUAUUGUUGUAGUAAAGAGAGGUUACAUAUACAAGUUAAUGAUUCCUUAUUGUUGAAGGUUAAAACAAUUAUGUUUUAAUUUACAGUGUAAUGAAGGAAACCAUGUACUGUCCAUCAGAGAGAUUCAUCUCCAAAGUUAAAAAUAUUUAUAUAGGAGAGAAAUUACAAAAGAGCCAAAACAGUCUUAGAACUUUGCAACUUACUUCCACACUUUAUGUGAACCAGGAACCCAUAAUUUUUCAGGUGAGCAAAUUCUAUCCAUGAAUGUUUGCAGCCUUUUUCUCUCGUUCUUUAACAAACUGUCCAAAGUUUUUGCAUUCUCUAACAAAACUUGUUCAAAGUUGUGGGCCAAAAUACAAUUUAUGUCUAAUGCUAGGAUCAACAAUACCCAAAUCAUUCUUUGAAAGGGAAAUUAACAAAAUACAGUGGAAAAAGACAAUCAUUGUUCUUAAAAUCCUCAUGGUUUUAAUUUUAGUGAAUCAAUUGUGAUUGACUAAGAUAUUUUCUUCUUUUUUUUUUUGUAGGUUUUUCCUUCUGAAAAGGGCUGGCCUUUCCCCAAAUUCUACGGAGCUUGUGGUAGAGUGAUUAUAGUUGAGGAUGCAGGACUUCCUCUUGAUUAUUUUUUGUCAUAUCCCUGGAUAGAGAGAGCAAAGCUGGCCCUUGCAGUAAUCAAGAUUGCAAAGCAGCUGUCAAAUAAUCCAGAAGAUUGGGGAUUGUAUAUGACAGAGAUAGCACUGGAUAAUUUUGCCGUAUCAAAUGGAACAGUGAAACUUGAAGAUGCAGAUGGAAUUUUAGUCGCUGAUCUAUCAGGUUCAGGUAUCAAAGGUAAGGUUAGCAAUACUGUGUAAUUUUGUUUUUGAAUUCUUUUACGUACUAAGAAAAUUUGGUUCUAUCAACUGACAAAGUACUAAUCCACUCUAGUGUAUUAAACCAAAAUUAUCUUGUGUCCUCUCCCUAUGAUGCAGUACCACAGUUUCUUGAGAAACUUGCCCCCUUUAUUAAUUUUUCUUUCAAAUACCAACUUACUGGUGAGAAGAGCAAUAACAGACAAUAGAUUUUUUAGGGUCAGUUAAUGAACAAUCUAGAUUGAAUGUAGGGGCUACAUGGUGAAAUGCAUUUUGACCCCUCUAUCCCUGGGGUAACUAAGGAGUACUAUCUUCUUUUGAUAUCCAUACACUAUCAAACUUAUGGGUGAUAUGAAUAAGGAAAUAAAAGAUAAAGUAGGGGUUAUCAUCUAUUUAAAACUAAAUUCUUGGAACUAACAUAGUAAGAAAUGUACUGAUAACAGACAGAAAGGAGAGUUGCUGAUAAAUUAGAAACAUCUAGAAAUAGAACCUUACCAUGACUUGUGCUAACUCUAUUUUAUAGCCGAAAGAGAAAAGACUGUGGAUGUUUGUGACUGGGAAGAGACAAACUGCUUGUCCUCACACCCGGCUGAGCUCUGCAGAGGAGUCAUACGAGAUCAAAAUUAUUAUGCAGUCUGCCGCAGUGUGUUAUCAGAUAUAGGAAGUGGAAAAGGACUGUUACACUCCCCUCCUGAAGAAGGGGAUUUUAACAAUUUGCUCCAGGAGGCACUGACAGAAUGUGUUACAGCACAAACAUUAAAACGAAAAGAAGCUCUUGAUCUGGUAGUGAGUUUACUUCAGAAGCAAAUUGAAACAUGAUAAAAUGCUUAAGCAUGAUAUUCAUAGUAAACAGGUAGCUGCAAUAAUUUAACUUCUUAUCCUUUCCAAACUCAAUUGUUAUUGUGCCUUUUCAUUAACAGGAGACCUGUUAAUUGACCUUUCCUUUGUGGAAUUGUUAGGAUGUAAGUGUGAUAUUUCACAGGGCUACCAGCAUUCUAAGACCACUUUCCUUGUGUGCUGAUUGACAAUUUUGUUUGUCUCUGCUUUCAAAUGUCAGAAACAUUUAUUUAACCCUUUAACUGCUAAGAGUGACUAGCAUCUAAUUUCUCCUUAAAAGCUCAACCCUGAAUUACACAUUAAGGUAAAAAGAUUGAAGGAAAUUAUCACUAACUAAAGAAACUCUUGAAUGUUAGGUAAAUUCUCCUUGUCAGCACCUUAGGAAAUGUAUAGAGAACAGUAUGGAGAAUAUGCAUACUGAUGUAAGGUUGUAAAGGGUUUGUGGUUGCUGGGUGGUAGACACUUUUGUGAUGAGUGCAUCCUAAGACCAAAACUGACUGACCUACCACUGACAGUGAUUCAGAACAACUUUCAACUUCACAUGGAGCCAAUGGAAAACUCAUAGGAAAGGCAUGUUAACUAUGUAAAGGAGCAAAGAAUAUCAAAGCACCAGUGCAAAAUUAUCAUUUUCAACACUCAAUCUACCUGCAGUGCAGCUCAAAGAUAAGGGGACCAAAAUGUGCCCACUUAGAACUAGUCUAAGACCAGAUGCAGACUAGUCUUGACAGACAAAGCAGACGCAUCUAACAGUAGAUGCAUCUGCUUAAUAAGUAUGUUAAUGAGCUAGCUGAUUGUUUUCUCUAUUGUGGAAUGAUUAUUGUUUAUUUCAAAGGGCAUUGUGUUUAAUAUAACUGCUGGUGUUUUAUAUAACGCUUUUUGUUUCAGUGUUCUCUGGAAUCUUUAUAUAUUAUUAUAAGUGGAACACUUACUAUUUGUGGUAAUAUAUAUAAGUUAUUUAAGUAAACUUAACUCUCAAGACAAUGGCACAACUAUUAAUAUGACACCCUGUUUACCAAAUUAUUUGGAUGCAAUAGGGUCAUAUUUACAUGUCAUUGAGCAAUUUCUUAAGACAGACAUUCAUUCAUACUUGGUAUAAUUAUAGAACACUUUGGACAAGCAUCCAGUCUGUGCUUAAGUCUCAAUUAUUGUUAUAUAUUUUGUAAUAGACAGAGUAACCAAUGAAAUAAUAUUAACUGGUUACCUUCAAAUAAGAUGUUGUUUAAUUUUUUUGGCAGGAUGAACAGUUUUUUGCGACCCCUUAUGUGCCAAAUGAAUGGUAAAUAAUUAGGAAUUUUUUGACAUGCAGAUGAAAUGUAUUUACUGUUAUUUAUUGUUAAAGUAAUGAUAGAAUUAAUUGAAAUUUGUUUGCUUUUAUGAGCUACUUAGUAGCCAGAGUAGAUAUCCGUUUAAAGUUCAUAUGGAAUUAUAGAGAAUUAGCUUAUAUCUUCGAGAAAUAAUAAUUAAAUAAUAAUUAAAAUAAACAUUAAUAAAAACAAGAUAGUGCAAAAAAAAGGAAAUAGUGUAUAUAUAUAUAUAUACACACAUACACACAUACAAGAUCUACAAUAACCGUG